AUGUCGUGGAAACAGAAUCUCCCGGCACGCUACCGGGGACACCAAGCCGAGAAAUCUGGCAUUAGAGUCACCCACGGAGCAAGUGGUUUUCAAAGUGUGGUCUCCAGACCAGCAGCUUUAGCCUCCCGCAGAACUUACAGCACAGCAAUAACUCACUUUUAUCAUGACAUCUUGAAAUAUCUUCUGAUCGGGUGUGUUUUACUUGAUGGUUAUAAGGCGAAUUUCAAAGGACUAAAGGUGACUCAGACAGAAAAGAGGUCCAGUUUGUUUACCAUGCUGGGAACCCUCUUCUUGUGGAUAUUCUGGCCGAGUUUCAACUCUGCUCUGUUGGAUUCUCCAAUAGAAAGGAAGAAUGCCGUGUUCAGCACCUACUAUGCUCUCGCGGCCAGCACGGUGACAGCCAUCUCUGUGUCAGUCUUGGCUCACUCCCAAAGGAAGAUCAACAUGACUCAUAUCCACAAUGCGGUACUGGCUGGAGGCGUGGCUGUGGGCGCCUCAUGUCAUCUGAUCGCUUCGCCUUGGCUUGCCAUGGUGCUGGGCUUUAUGGCUGGACUGAUCUCCAUCGGGGGAGCCCUGUGCCUGCCGGGAUAUUUUAACCAGGUGCUGGGGACCCACGACACCUGUGGCGUGCACUACACCUUUGGCCUGCCAGGUCUGCUCGGCGGGAUCACCUACAUUCUGCUGAUCAUCUAUGAGGUCAACUGGACCACGAAGUCCAUUUCUAGGAUCGACAUCCAGUUGUUCUUUGGCGCUGGGACACUCAGCUUGGCCAUGGCUUCAGGUCUGAUAGCUGGGGUUUUGACAGGUUUGGUCUUAAGCCUCAAAAUAUUUAAGGCACCUCCUGCGGCCAAACAUUUUGAUGACCAGGCUUUCUGGGAGUUUCCUCAUUUGGCUACUGGAUUUUAAGCAAAACCAUCCAACAAAAACAAGGCCUGUCUGAAAAUGAGACAACUUCUUUUCACUGUUGCCUCCCCUUUUUUGUGGAUGACACUCAUUACAGCCAAGUCUCCUUAUAUACAAUGAAACAAGGUCAAAGAGAUGAAUUUGAUAUUAAA